AUGCCUCCCGAUGACCCCUUCGCAUUUUUGGCUGAGCAGCCUCAGUCCCAGCCUCAACAGAUCAAGCACGUCAAGUCCCUGAAAGAAAAGAAAUCACUGUGGAAAGAGAAGUUCUUCAACAAAGACAAGUCCAGUCGCUCCACCCCCGACAAACAGAUUCAGGACUUCCUUGCGACCGCAACAGCUCAAAAGGCUGACCCUAGAGAUGCCCCUCCAACCGUGUCCACACAGCGACGUUACGGAUCUCCCUGCCCUGCUCCGGCUCCUGCUCCAACCCCUAUCUCUGCCCCGCAGCCCGCUUUACCAGUGAACCCGCCAUCGGACGAGAACUACUCCGCUUUCAACUUCGCCGACGACAAUGUCCAAGUCAAGCGUGCGCGUACAAUUCUCAAGCCCCGCAAAGGCAAAGGACUGCGGGUCGGCUUCUCAGAUCGUGCGCCCGAGACGAUCGGAGAAGGAGGCGACGAGUCGGAGGUCCCCACGGUUGAGAUCUCACGAUCCCUGCAGCGCACGCGCGAGAAACAAGCUACACAAUCCUCACAACCACGACGACUACCCUCGAUGCGCUCACCCAACCCGUCUCGGGAGCAACUACCAACACUCCGAGUCAACACCUCGCUGGCCGAUGGUGAUGGACGAUCUGGGCGCGCGGACCAACGUGUGAGCCCCAGUGCGCACCGGCCCCCGCUUGUCCAAGACCCGCAAGAAGCAGACUUCCUCAAUACCCGACACAUCAGCAAACCUGGAUCUCGUAUAUCCUUUCGAGAGUCUCCUGACUCCCAUUCAUUUGCAGAGAGGGUGCGCAAGCAGAUGCAGGUGGAGGAAGCGCGUGCGUUACACAAUCGCUACGAGGAUGGCGCAUCUCCGACCGAUGACGACGACAGUAUCUCCAGCCCUGAACCCCUGCCGUCGCAUAGCCCUCGCAGUCCGCGAAGUCUUCAAAACUCGGUCUAUGAGACACCCGCUUCACAAGAUGCACCAUCAGUUACGUCGAUUGUGCAAUCGCUUCGCAAACCCACGAGCCCGGCCGUACGCCACGCCCCAGCUAAUGCCAGUCUGAGUCCCAUCGACCCUCGCAUGCCUCCCAGCCUUACACCAGGCAGUCCGGCCAAGACAUCAGCAGGACCGCCGGUUCCCACCCAUGAACCUCAGUCAAGAAAUCAACUGGCUUCUUCGGGGAGCCAGGUCAGCCAGGCCAGCCGUGAAACUCUACCGAUCAGCCAGCUACCGACACCGUCCACCCAAACGAGUCGAGAGCCAUCCCGAAGCCCGCAGCCGCCCAAGUUCUCAUUGCGCAAAAUUGCCAAUCAGGUUGGAGAUACCGCGUUUGCCGAGUUUAAAGACUAUAUCGCUCGAUACGACGGUCUUCUUCAAAUGUCUGCCGAGAGUGUCAAGCCGUUAAUUGAAACUGCUUUGAUGGAAUGGAUUCGAGCCGCGAUAUGGUGGUACUUGAGGGGCAAGACGCGUUUGGAGGGGUUUGCUCGCUCUCGGUCAACAGCACCACCCGCGUACGCCAAGCAGGCUGUUAUUGAUCUUGGAAAAGCCCUGUGGAUCAACGAGAAUAUUGUACCUACACAUUACGAAGUGGCGAAAUAUGGAUCCAUGAGUGUGGAUGCUGUGUUGGCAGUUGCCAGCACAACCGGUGACAAGGAGAUGGUGGACCUUCUCAGCUUGCAUCAGGUCACUAUGAACCACCUCCGCUCACUCUCAAUGUCUAUCAAACGAAAUAACAUUCUCUCCAUUAUUCUCCGCGACGAAAACUCUCCCAGCCAGCUUGACACCAGUGUCUGGAUUCGAUACCCCUUCUUUGCACCUGAUGUCUCUGCGGUGUUGUCUGGCAGUGCAACGAGAUCAAUGCUGGCGGGCAAACCUUCUAAAUCACCAAGCAUGGUGUCCAUGAUGCCUCUUGGUGACACCAGUCGGAACUUUAGCUACGGAACAUUGUUCGUUCAGGCGAGUGUAAGUUCCGGCGACGACGAAGGCGAGCAGUAUGCCAUGCCGUGUGCAUUGACAAUCAUUCGAGAGCGAUCAGACUGGUACGUUCAUGCGGCGAUUACGAGUCAAAGUCAGCUCGUGAAUGUCCUCAUUCAGUCCGAUCGCAAACAGGGACCUACCUGGGAGGACGUCGAGUGGGGGGUCCGAUCGAAUUCCAUGCGGGUCAAGUUGCCACGUGGAUUUGAGUUGGAUGUCAAGUUCAAAGAUGAGGACUUCAAGACUCUGUGGAAUAUCGUGAAGUAUACCCAAAAGUCUGAAGCAAGCCUUGAGCCCGAAGCUGGUGAGUCGGUGAUUUUUGAGAACACUUUGAAAGUCUUCCAAUACAUGGACCCAGGCACGCCAAAGGCAUUCCCCGCGGAAGCUUUGGAACGUUGUCGCAUUCGUUUGUUCGAGCGAACAGUGAGCAUUACCGAAGGUACUGGCACUCGGAAUGCCCAUCGUGGGUUCCGCUUGACCGUACUGACAAGUCCCAAAGUGAAGACUCUCAGUAAUGUCCGCCAUACCCUGGGCUGCGGUACGCCUAUUGUGUUCGGUCUUUUGCGAGGAGAGGACGGGGCCCCAGCUCUUCUUCUCAAGGUCACCGAGGACGGUCGUACACGGUCGAUGUUGAUGACCUUCCAUGAAGUAGAUGAGCGCACACAGAUGCACUCUGUGCUUCUCGGGAUGCUGCCACGGGAGGGAGAAACAAAAACCCCUGAGAUUCCUCUCCGGUCGUAUACCAUCGAGCAGCCCGGCGAUUCCGGCAGUGGCCGGACAGCAACAACGCAGUUGCAGUUCCCAGCCGGCAACGUGUCCGUCAUCGACCAGGAACAUGCCUAUGUGGAGCAUGGCUACGGUCCGACCAUCUUGUCUGAAAGCUUGAGAGCGUUCGUUGCUACUGAGUGGGGUUCUGUUACCGAUCGCAUCAAUUUAGGGCCUGGGGAACUCAAAAUCGCAUUGGAUGUUCAUAAGAAGACUGGCAUGAGCCUAUUCCGUUCGCCACAGCAGGAUCUGACCGUUUCGUUGGCGGACAAUCUGGUUCCUUCGGAGAUGCCCGAGCAGGUCACUGGCUUCUUGCAGAAAAUCACAGCUAAACCGAUGGUUCGCCGGUUAGACUUCGCAUCGAUGGAGCAUCUUCAUGCGUUCGAACAGGCUGUCACCGGCUUCCGGGUUAUCUACGAUGGCAUCGCCUCUUCAUUCACAAUAUCCCGCCGCCGCAUGGUGGUACCUAUCUACAAGAAGUGGGAAGCCAGUCUGGCCCGCAUCCAGAUCGUGCGUCAUGAAAAGGUCACCCAGAUACUCGCCUUCUUCGCAGACUUCCAUCAUGGCACAUGCAUGAACUUUGUGCUCAAAGGUACCGACCAUGUUGAGACUUUUAAUCGCUCUGGCAAAUUCGGUAUUCGUAUUGUUGAUGCCAAAUUUGCCCUCCCGAAGAAAGAUGAUGACCCAUCAUCCGAUUUCGUGUGUCUGGAUAUGCCCGAGUAUCCGAUUGAACACGACGACAUCGCUAUUGCCUUUGAUACGGAAGCUGACCGUUCAAGUUUCAAGGUGGCUUUGCCUGGAUCUGUGCGAGAACCAUCCAGAAUGGCAUCUCUCCGCCGAUAA